AUGUCCUCUCCACCCUCCACCACCUCUCCCGCCCAACCCCAACCCUCGCAACUCCUCGAGAUCCCCACCCUCCCCUCCCCCUCCUCCCGCUUCGUCCUCCCCCCUCCGCCCUCCGACCUCCUAAGUCGCUUACAGGCGUUCUUGCCGCAAAUCAGGGACGCGAAUGCAGAGCUUGAGGGACGGAUGAGGGCGGAUGGGGAGGAGGCGGUUGUGAUGGAGGAGGUGUCGAGCGAGAGUGAGGGAGAUUCGUCGGAGAGUGAGGAGGGGAGUUCGAGUGAGGAGGAGAGUGAGGAGGACGAGGAGCUUGCGGAUGCAGAGGGAGCGGUAGACUCGAGCGGCGUGCAGGGAGGAGAGGAAGUGCAGGACGAGGAAGACGCAGGCUCGCUCGCUCGCUUGAUGGACAUCUCGGCUCGCCCAAAGGUCGUCAAGAAGAACCUUGUCGUCGUGGAGGAGACGGCGGCUGCGGCGGGGGGCGAGUGA